CUCGGAGGGCCGCCGCAUCCCCUUGCCCCGCGGCGGCCAUCAGCGCGCGCGGCCCCCGCACUCGGCCGCUCACCCACCGUCCCGCGGCGGCGCGGCCCAUGCGGCUGGGGGCGGAGGCCGGCGCGGGCGCGGGCUGGACGUCUCAGGUGCGGCCGGCGGCCGGGAGAGGUGAGGGGGCGGCGGCGGGGCCCGCCCCGGCCCGGUGAUUGGCCGCUGGCCGAGGGCAGCUGGGCGGCCUGGAGGCGCCCCGGGCGGGGAGCAGCCGGCAAAGCCUUCGGCGCGCGGAGCCGGGAAGAUGCUGCUGUCCCUGGUGCUCCACAUGUACUCGAUGCGCUGCGUGCUGCCGGCCGCGGUGCUCCUGGGCACGGCCCCCACCUACGUGCUGGCCUGGGGGGCCUGGCGGCUGCUCUCCGCCUUCCUGCCCUCCCACUUCUACCAGGCGGUGGACGAUCGGCUCUACUGCGUCUAUCAGAGCAUGGUGCUCUUCUUCUUCGAGAACUACACCGGCGUGCAGAUAUUGCUAUAUGGAGAUUUGCCAAAAAAUAAAGAAAACAUAAUAUAUUUAGCAAAUCAUCAAAGCACAGUGGACUGGAUUAUUGCGGAUAUUUUGGCCAUCAGGCAGAAUGCUCUUGGACAUGUACGUUAUGUGCUGAAAGAUGGGUUAAAGUGGCUUCCACUGUAUGGGUGUUAUUUUUCUCAGCAUGGAGGGAUCUACGUAAAGCGCAGUGCCAAGUUUAACGAAACGGAGAUGAGAAAGAAGCUGCGGAGGUACAUGAACGCAGAGACUCCAAUGUAUCUUGUGAUUUUUCCAGAAGGAACAAGGUAUAAUCCAGAACUAACAAAAGUUAUUUCAGCUAGUCAAACAUUUGCUGCUAAAGAAGGCCUUGCAGUAUUAAAACAUGUGCUGACACCAAGAAUAAAGGCAACUCAUGUUGCUUUUGAUUCUUUGAAGAAUUAUUUAGAUGCAAUUUAUGAUGUGACAGUGGCUUUCGAAGGGACUAUUGACGAUAAAGGGCAGCGGAAAGAAGCACCGUCCAUGGCUGAAUUUCUCUGCAAAGAAUGUCCGAAAAUUCACAUUCACAUUGACCGUAUAGACAGAAAAGAUGUUCCGGAAGAACAAGCACGUAUGAGAAGGUGGCUUCACGAGCGCUUUGAAAUAAAAGAUAAGUUGCUUAUAGAAUUUUAUGAUUCACUGGAUCCAGAAAGAAGAAACAAGUUUCCCGGAGAAAGUGUUAAUUCUAAAUUAAGUCUCAAGAAGACUUUACCGUCAUUACUGAUCCUAAGUGGCUUGACUGCUGGUAUGCUUAUGACCGAGGCUGGAAGGAAACUCUAUGUGAAAACGUGGGUUUAUGGAACCUUAAUCGGCUGCUUGUGGGUUAGUAUUAAAGCGUAAACAAGUAGCCGUGUCCAGGCAGUGGAAUGUGCUACGCGGUUUACUGUUGGCAGCCACACGGGACAUCAGAUUGUUGCCUGAAUUUAAUGAGAAGUGUAAAUAAAGCCUUGUUGAUUGAACAUUGGAUAAAAUAGAAUUUCUGACUAAAGCCGACCUGCAGGUGGUCUUGGGCAAACAUACGUGGUUUUGCAACUUUAGAACAAGCUGCUGGAAGGGGAAAGCUAACCUCUGUGCCAUCCUUGGUGUUUCCGUGAUCUAGCGUCGUCUUCAGAAGAUGGUUAGGAUUGUAUGCUUUGGUAUCGGUUCGUGACUCAGAUGGCUGCAUUCAUGAACGUUAAUUUGCAGCGUAUUUCACCGUACUCGUUAUUUUUAGUUUUUUACAACCUGACUAGUCCCAACUCUCAUCACCGAAGUAUUUAGUAUCUUGCAGCUGUGUACUGUUUUGCCUUUUGCUUAAUGUCUCCAAGUGGAUGAAGGAAAUUGUAUUUAUGUAUCAAGAAGGAUGCAAGGAAAAGGUCAAGAAAUGUCUGCGGGGAAGAAGCUGUGGUUUGCGCAUGCUUUGAUUGUAGUGUAUUAUUAGCUGAUUUUAUUUUCUCUUUGCAGAGUAAUUAACAUGUCUAAUAUUUAUUGAAGCAGCUUAAUUUGCACGCCCUGCAUUGUACACAAAAGGAUAAUGUGUCAAAUGUGAGCGUUGAGUUUCGGUUGGAGGCGUGACCCUGGCCCGCUGUCGCGGCACUUGACGCUGCCCAGCGUUCUGAAGAGCAAAGCGGAGCCCUCAGUACGUCCCAGUGUCUGUGCCAGAAUUGCUUAAAAGCCUUCAGCCUUCCUGUUAUUUUUACAUCAAAACAAUCAGUGUGAACCUUGGUGGGACCUGAGUCCACAGAUGCUUGAGGUGAUGGGAGCCUUCAAACGUCCGCCUGGAUUUCCGAGCAUGUGCCUUUUGCCUAUUAUUACUCUUGGGUUCGGCGGAAGUCUUUUCUUUUCCUGUCAUCAUGGUCGAUUUCCACUGUGUUUGAAUUCUUUUCCUCUGGAUUCCUGGCAGCGUGCUGCUCGGUGCCUGGCACAGGACGGGCGCAGGGGAGAAGCAUGGAGCCGGCCUCGGUCCUGCUGCGGGUUGAACUUGGUCGGUGAGGCUCUCUUGAGCCCGCCCCAGUGGCUGCGGCUAAGAUGCUCGUCUGUCUCCCUCCUCAAGCCAGUGAACCACAGGCUCAGCCCGCGAGGCCCGGAUGAACUCGUGGAGUCCCCACUAGUUUUAGUGGGGAGUCCCCACACAGUUCAUCCGUGCCCCCCUCAGAACAAGAGCCGUUUUCAGUCAGGAAGUAAUAACUAUGGCCUGUGGCUGACUUAAACUGGAUUGUUGCCUACUAGUCCCUUAAGGUAACAUUUCUGCCUAAUGGAUUUUUGUUGUAAACUCGUGCCAGUGCCCCCAGAUGAAACACACCAACUGAACCAUAAUGAGCAAAAUGAAAAUAAUAAGUAAGGGAAAUUUUGUGUGACUGACUCUCCAGACCCAGAGAGCAGGCCGUGUGAGACAGCACCUUUGAAGCUCUGGGUAGUCUGAACUGGUUUGUGUAUGUGUGUAUGUGUGUGUGUGUGUGUCUGUGUGUCUGUGUGUCUGUGUGUGUGGGGGUGGACAUGUGCCCGCAGGAUAUGGUUGGUCUCCUUAUGCAUGGGGGUGUAGGUAAAACUUCUGAAAAGUGUUCCCAUGCCAAAUUGUGAUUUUCUCUUACCUGUAAAGUGAGAUUUAAAUCAGUCUCACCGUCUUUGUUAAUACUUUUUUUAAACAGUCCUAAAGAUUGAACCGAUUUCUAAUUUAUUCAAAGUAAAUGUAAGUUGCGUAACUUACUUUGAAUAUCAUGGAUAUGCUCUAAAUUUAAACUUUAAGAAGAAAUAUCAUUGGAAUUAUGUUGAUUAUAACUGAUCAUAAGAAGUUACAGUGAACUGCAUAAGAUCACUUUGAACAUCAUGUCUCUUAUGACCAUACUUAUAUUCUCACAAGAGUUCUAUAAGAUAUAUUUGUUAGUUUAAAAAUUUUGUAUUAAAAUAUUUGGAAAUUAGAAGCUUCUUUUUAACAUGUGUUGAUAUGACUUGAAUUCUUACUUUCUAAAAUUAGGAGCCCUGGAUCUCCCUGUAAAUCUUUUCACAUAUCUUUUAAGCCUGUGUUUCUGUUAUUAUUGUUGAUUUGCAGCUUAGUUAUUACUUAGUUUUUCUUUAUAAGAAUGCCAUCAAUGUGCAUGCUUUUAUGUUUUCCAGAAAAGGGUGUGUUUGGAUGAAAGUAAAAGAAAAAAUAAAAUCUUUCACUGUCUCUAA